UGCUCUGUGCUCUGCUUGUCCACAGAAUGGUCCUUGUAACCCAAAAGUGGCAGUUUCCAGGCAACCAGCAAAAUAAGGUCUCAUCCAAGGAUUUAUAAACGCUUGAUUCAAUGUGAUUAAUUUGGCAGAGGAAAGCAGGUUACCUUAAAACCAGGGAAGGGAAGUCUGAAUCCCCUCAAACCCAACUUGCAUUUUCAGGGGUAGGAGAAGAUCUGUGAGACCCCAUCCACCUGCAGACAGGAUAAAGUGAGUUUAGUGUGAGUUUCUGCAGAGACAAGAAGAUGAUCCAGCAAGAGGUGCAAACCCUCGACGAGUUGUUUCACAGUGUGUCUCAAGUCACACUUUUCUUACUUCUUCUGAUGCUGAUACUUCUGUUUAUUAACACGUGGAGACAAAGUCACCUUUCACACAUACCAGGUCCUUCCUUCUUGGCAGGACUUGGUCCUGUCCUGUCCUAUGCAAGAUUUAUCUGGAUGGGGAUUGGAACAGCAUGUAACUACUACAAUAAAAAGUAUGGCAGCAUUGUGAGGGUAUGGAUUAAUGGGGAGGAGACUCUCAUAUUGAGCAGAUCUUCUGAGGUGUACCAUGUUUUGAAGAGCGCCCACUACACGUCUAGAUUCGGGAGCCAAAAAGGCCUCCAGUGCAUUGGAAUGGAUGGAAGGGGUAUCAUUUUCAACUGUGAUGUCCCUCUGUGGAAGAAAACCAGGAUGUAUUUUUCCAAAGCUCUGUCUGGCCCAAGCCUUCAGAGGACUGUAGGAAUCUGUGUGAGCUCCACAGCCAAACACCUGGCCAGGCUGCAGGACGUGACCGACUCCUCUGGACAUGUGGACGCUCUCAAUCUCCUCAGAGCGAUUGUGGUGGACAUUUCCAACAGGCUAUUCCUCAGGGUGCCACUUAAUGAGAAGGAACUGCUGCAAAAAAUCCAUAACUACUUUGAGACCUGGCAAGCAGUUCUGAUAAAGCCUGACGUAUUUUUCAAGAUGGGAUGGCUGUACAACAAGCAUAAGCGAGCUGCUCAGGAGCUGCAAGAUUCAAUGGAGAGCCUGCUUGAAAUCAAGAGGAAGAUGAUUAAUGAAGCUGAAAAACUGGAUGAUGAUCUUGACUUUGCCACAGAGCUCAUCUUUGCUCAGAACCAUGGAGAGCUCUCAGCAGACAACGUCCGGCAGUGCGUGUUGGAGAUGGUGAUUGCAGCUCCGGACACGCUCUCCAUCAGCCUCUUCUUCAUGCUGAUGCUGCUGAAACAGAACCCAGACGUGGAGCUGCAGCACAGGUGUGCUUUCGUUUUUAAAACUGUUUUAGUGCGUCGAUCAUUUGCAGAUGAAAAAGCGACAGAGAGCAUCGACUAUGAAAGCCUGAGAGUGCUGGAGAGCUUCAUUAAUGAGUCUAUGAGAUUCCAUCCAGUGGUUGAUUUCACGAUGCGCAAAGCUCUGGAGGAUGACGAGAUUGAAGGCACAAAAAUCAGGAGGGGUACCAACAUCAUUCUCAACAUUGGUCUCAUGCAUAAGACUGAAUUCUUCCCUAAGCCCACAGAGUUCAGUCUGGCAAACUUUGAAAAAACAGUUCCCAGUCGUUUCUUCCAGCCCUUUGGCUGCGGACCCCGCUCCUGUGUGGGCAAACAUAUCGCCAUGGUGAUGAUGAAGGUCAUCCUGAUAACCCUGCUGUCUCGUUACACGGUGUGUCCCCGCCAAGGCUGCACCCUGAACAGCAUCAGGCAGACCAACAACCUGUCUCAGCAGCCUGUGGAAGAUGAGCACAGCCUGACCAUGCGCUUCAUCCCACGUACUUCACAACCACAUCUGGCGUAAACUUUCAGAGAUUUUGUGAUAGCCCUCUACUAAUGUAUUUCACCCAAAUUGAUGACUAUGAUUGUGUUAGUACUGUUUAAGCUGCAAAUAUUAACCCUUUAAAAAACAAAAUAUCUGUUAGCGAUUCAAAUAUUUUUCUAGGUCUCAAUAGUAUUUUGUGUGUUUUAUUGAGCACUGAGUAGAAUCACAAAAAACACAAAAUCCUAUUUAACCCUAUCAUACCUUUAGGAUUGCCAUAUUGUACAAUGAAACUGACAUUUCAAAUAAAAGCAAAUGUGGGAAUACCA